AUGCCGCCCAAGCAGCCCCAGACCUCGCUGUUCCAAGUUUAUCUUCGGCUCCGGCCCCCGAUGGCCCAAAAGCCCAAUGAAUCUGACCGUUUCUUGAACGUUGAGCUGCCAGAGGUUUCGCAGGAGGAAACUGAGAUCGUUUCACUGGGACCAACACAUAUUACUCUUCAACCACCAAAUGACACGAGAAGACGCGCCGUCGAGAGGUUUGGUUUCACAAAGGUCUUCGAGGAGACCGCUUCGCAGCUGGAUGUCUUCCAUGACACUGGAAUGGAGCCUAUCAUACGCGGAGUUCUGAAGGAGAAUCGAGAUGGACUUGUCGCUACCCUGGGAGUUACAGGCAGCGGAAAGAGCCACACCAUUCUAGGAUCCAAGACCGAACGAGGAAUGACCCAAAUGGCGCUUGACGUUAUCUUUCGCUCCCUAGAGCCGACAACCAAGACCGACUACGAUAGCAUUACCCCUGUAAUGCUUGCCUCGCUGGCUGCCGCGGACGCUUCUGAAGCCCAAUUGUUCUCCGCCCAGACAUUUUUGGAAGCUGUAUAUGGCGAGCCAAAUGGACGAUCCCCGACCCCGCGAUCGCGCACCCCUGGACCUUCUCUCCCAAGGCCGAGAUCUAAACCUGGAAGCCCCCGUAAAGCGGAUUCAUCUUCUAUCACCAGUUCCAAUAACGCUGCACGAGCUGGCUUUCGCCAGGUCUCGACUGAGCCCUCUGGAUGGAUCACCCCAGGAUUUUCGAAUCCUAUCCCCUACACCCACUCCAAUCUACUUGAGCCCAAAUCAGCUAAAUCUCGACUUUAUGUCUUUAAGGAACCCACCCCGGCCUUGAACUUCCCCCGCCGUCACAUACGUGAACGACCAUGCGCCCUUCCUAGGUUGCCCGAUAUGAGCCACCUUACAGUGGAUAUGGAUUCAAAUGCCGACUAUGUCGUUUUGGUGUCCAUGUAUGAGGUGUACAAUGACCGAAUUUUUGAUCUUCUGUCUCCCUCUAUUGUCUCAGGCCAGGGCACCAUGUCCCGCGGAAAUAACCAGAAGGAUCGCCGACGUCCUCUGCUCUUCAAGCCUACCGAAGGCUCACCAGAUCGGAAACUAGUUGCAGGGCUACGCAAAAUCGCUUGCAGCAGCUAUGAGGAAGCGCUAGCUAUCUUGGACGUUGGUUUAACCGAACGCAAGGUAACUGGCACUGGGAUGAAUAGCGUUAGCUCUCGAAGUCAUGGCUUCUUUUCCCUGGAAAUCAAGAAGCGGACAUGGUCAAAGCGGACCGGUGAACACAACUGGGCUGGAAGCACCCUCACCGUUGUGGAUCUUGCUGGCUCCGAGCGUGCGAGAACGGCAAAGACAGCCGGUGCCACACUCGCUGAGGCUGGUAAAAUCAACGAAAGCUUGAUGUAUCUUGGCCAAUGCCUGCAGAUGCAAAGCAACAUACAGGAUGGAAUGAAGACUGCUCUCGUUCCUUACCGGCAAUGCAAAUUGACCGAGCUUCUGUUUUCAAAUUCAUUCCCAUCGUCUCAUCAGAUGUCUAAAGGCCAAUAUCCCCAAAAGGGUAUCAUGAUCGUCACCGCUGACCCCCUGGGUGAUUUCAACGCCACCUCCCAAAUUUUGCGUUACUCCGCAUUGGCUCGUGAGGUUACUGUACCAAGAGUUCCCUCAGUCUGCGAAUCUAUUUUGUCUGUCGCUUCUGGAAGUCACCGCUCAGUCAGUGGCUGCACUUCGCCAAAUUUCGAUUCAUCCGGAGAGCUCGAGAGAGCUGCUGCUGAGAUCGCACGCCUCACACGCGAUUGCCACGGCCUCGCUGUCAAGCUAGCCGAAGAAGAGAUUGCACGGUCUGAUGCUGAAAUGAGACUGAGAGCUGCUGAAGAAAGAUGUCUCAUGAUUGAGCAAGACGUGAGAGAGGAGUGCUGGGCAGAGAUGGAUGAGAAAACGGAAGAAGAAAGGCGACGCUGGCAGAGGGCUUGGGAUGAGCAGAUCGGUCGCAAUGACGAGCACAUCGACAAGAAGGUUGAGCUUGUAUCCCGUGGAUUCCAAAUAUUUGAAGAUUCGGGGCCAAACGAAAGAGUGGAAGAGCUCGAGCAAGAAAAUGACCAGCUUCGCCGCAAACUCGCCGCCCUUGAGCGUGAGAUGCAGAACCAAUCCCCUACAAGAAAGCAUAGACCCAAGAAUGCCACGCCCGCGCGGUCUAAUCUUCUCGGUCGCGAAAGCGAUAUCGAGAAUGCCUUGCAACGCAUGGAUCAGUUGAAGCUCGCAGAUACCAUGUUUGCUCCUCCAUCCCCAGGGGCCUCGCCUAUCAAGAGGACCAGGAAAAUGGGAACCCGGAAAUGGGACCUCGCCCCAGAGGACCAGAUCUAA